AUGGCAUCGACAAAACGACCUCCCACAAAAUCCUCAGCUCCUGUAUUCCAGAUUUUUCAUCUGGUGUUAACAAUUCUAUCGAUAGCAGUUCUUUCGUACAAGGUUUUCCGCCUUGAGAGUGAAUUGUCGUUUAUUCGGGAAGAGCUGUCUACUUGUGAUCGCAAUGGUGACAAGAAAACAAAUCUUCCGCUUUUUACAACCGCGAGAAGCGAGAUUGCGGAGACCAGGAGUGAUCGAUACCGGCGGCAAAUUAGCAAAUCUGAAAUGUAUGGAGUAAGGCAGAAGAUAGAGAACGCUGUUUGUAUUCGAAAAGCCCUGCAGGAUUUUCAGGUAAAUAUAAUAAAGAUGAGUCCUACGCAUCUCAUCAGCCAAAGGACACACUAUACCAUUAACAAAGCUUAAGCAUUUAUCACGACUCGAAGAAUUCAAAUGGAAAUUUAAACAAAUAGAUGAAGGGUUUGCGCCAGUCUCUCACAGGCGUUAAAAAUCAUAGUUGCCAGCUUUCGUCGUCUUUAAGGUACAUGAACCGCACUGCUUUUAGGAAAUGAAGCCUAAAAGUUAUCAGGUUUCUCCUGCAGUAAUUAAUGUCUUGCUUGAGCCAAUGGAACGCGGAGGACCCCGAACUAACCUAGUAAAUCUGUGUAAAUUGUUCAUGUAAAUGGCAAAUAGUAAAUGUAAAUGUUGUUUUGGCCUAAAAAAGCACGCAGUAAAUGGAACUAAAUGGCAAAUAAGCCAUAACUGAUAAUUCUUUGAUGAUUCACCAAUUUAUCCAUCUUUGCCAAUUAUAUCAGUCUUCAUCCCUUAACCCUCUAACUCUCAUGGGUGACCAAGACAGAAUUUCUCCUUACAUUAUUAAUACAAUAUCAAGCAGACAAGUGACGAGAUUAAAGGAAAAUAUCAAUUAAGAGUUAUAAGUUGAUCCAAUACCAAAUUCGCCAAACUAACAUCAUAAGAACCGUAUAGCAGACAGUGAGUAGAAUUGCUAAUGAGGUCUUGGGAGUGAAAAGGUCGAUGAUGAAGCUUUCCUGCAGAGUAGGGUCAUUAGAAACCGAAUUACUCAGUGGUGGUUGUUUUUACAGAAAUUGCACUUUUUCCUCUUGUUUGUUGUUUUUGUUAAAACUUAUCAGAAAAAAAAGUAGGCAAGGUCAGUGUACCAUGAUUUUGUCAGGAACUGGUCAUUAUUUAUUGCUUGGGGAAGAGGAGGGGGGUGGGUUGUGUGUAGGAGGGGGUGGGUUGUGUGAAGGAGAAUACCUGAUUUCCCCAAAAGACUCUGUAAUAUUUUUAUGUUCCCUCCUUUACAGUCCCCCCUUAAAAUUCUGUUGGCGACUACUGAUCCCCCUUCCGUUCCCCCUUGAAACCAUGUGAUCCCCGGAAAUCCUCCGAACACCCCCUACCCCACCUCUUUGAGUAAUAAAUAAGGACUGAUCCCAUUGAGUUGUUGAUGACCUUCGUGAAAAAAAAAACAUUUUUCUCAAAGGUUCAUCGUCUACCCACAUCUACUACAUUAUUAAAAUGUAAUAUCUUGAAUAUCCUCAUAAGGGGGUUAACGACUCCCAUUAUUCCUAGAUGUACUUACAUUGAUAUCGGCAAUAUUCAGUUAAUAAUGAUGGUUUUACUGAUGCUAACAGCAUUAUUAUGUCUGCAAAAUGAAUGGCCACAAUAUAGGUGCUCAGGGCCCUCCAGGAAAACAAGGGGCUCGCGGUCGUCGCGGUCGUUCAGGCCCAGCUGGUAAACUUGGGCCACCCGGCGCGAGAGGGCCCAGAGGAGCCCCUGGAAUGAGUCCCAAAAUCAAUGUUGCAUACAUUGAGGAGUUGACCAAACGAAUGGAAUCUCAAGUCACAUUAUUUGGUAAGUGUAUCUUAUGCAGAACCUUUUUAAUUCCGAAUGAACUUAACAGCACUCAUUUGUUCCAGCCGAAGAUAGGUGGGCUGUUGAAAAAAAUUUCCCAGUUCUACGACACCUUUGACACUCAGCUGAGAAAAAAAGGACCAUCAGCUAGAUUCAUCAACAUAAGCUAUCAAAAAUUCCAACGUGAGGUUUAUCAGUGUUUUAGGUUUUCACAGAGUUAAGGUGAUCCCAUGAAGUCUGAAACAACAUCAGGUAGCCAAGAGACAAUUCUUCACUUUCCAUUUACACAGUGAUGAUAAAAAAUAUUUUCACCUGAUUUUGAAAAAUAACAUUUAUAAGUAGAUGUUUAUUAUUCUCAUCGACCAACAGCUCCUCCUCGGUUCUCCUCCAAGAUUCCCUCCUCAAUUUCUGUCAGAGAAGGAAAUAACUUGUCUCUUCGAAUUUCUGCCUCCGGUAACCCAGUCCCAAAGAUCACGUGCUCUUUACAGAGUAAAAUCCAAGGUAAUGGUGGACGAAUACUAGUUUCUAAUGAGAAGCUUGAGAUGAGGAACGUCAGAUUUUUAGAUCAAGGCAAGAUAGAAUGUCUGGCAGAGAAUGUAUUUGGUACUCAAGUGGCACGUGUGAAACUAAUCGUCUUUGGUGAGUACGUUUUUUUUAAUAUCUUUGGUUCUGUUUGUCUUGCCUUUGAUCAGUUGGGUAUUUUGGUCAGCUUUCUCACAUGAUAGCAAUCUUUUCUGCCUGUAUCUAGCUUCCAAGUCUAUGAUCCAGAGUCUCUCUACUCGUCUUUCUUUUUGUCUGUCUAUGUCUUUCUGCCUGUGAGUCUGUCUGUCUUUCUGCCUUCCUUUCUCCAAGUCUGUAUGUCUGUCUGUUUCCCAGUUUGUCUGUCUGACUGUCAGUCCCACAGUCUAACCGUCCAUCUGCCUGUCUGUCAAUCGAUCUGCUCGUCUGUCCUCCUACCCAUCUUUGCCUGUGACUGUCAUUUUAUGCGUUAGAGCGUUCUCAAUUCUGAUAACAACCCAAAGAAAAACCCUGUCUCGUGUUCUGCUUUUAGGUCCUCCAAGAUUCUCUGACACACUCCCAGGAAAAGUGACCGGCUUUCUUGGUAAAACGACAAAACUUCUGUGUGACGUGGUCGGCUUCCCCACCCCUGUGGUUGAAUGGAACAUGUCUCCCCCAGCCCCACUCCCUCAGGGUCGCAGUUCAUUAACAAAUGGAAGUCUGUUUAUUGAAAAUAUUAAAAGUGGCGACGAGGGGGUGUACCUGUGUACCGCGAGGAAUAAACAUGGAAUGGUGAUUCAUGGCACCUUUUUGAAAGUCGAAUCAGUCGGUGAGUUAUGUGAUCUUUACAGACUAAGAGAAGAACGAAGAAAUCUUUGGGUAACUUAGAGAUGAAAUGGCGGCCAAAAAGCUUUUGAAAUUCUAAUUCCAGUCUAAGAGCUAAAGACCAUCGUACCUCUUUACCAGGUCCAUGGAUUGAAAAACAACACUGAGUUCUUGGAAUGCGCGCGCGCGGAAUGCGUAGGGCAAAACUGAGGAAUCACCUUAAAACUUACACUCACCAAGGGCAUUGAUUACAGGAAUCAUAAUCAAUACUUAAUAUUUUCGCUUGUUUCUACAUUGAAAUGAUUUCCUUUUAUGACAAAAAUUUCUCCAAAAAACCCUAAAAUUACAAUUAACUAACUAGCUCUAGAGUUGAGAAAUGGCUUUUGACAUGUGAAAUUAAAAUGUUUUUAUUUAAUAUUGAUUAAAAAUAAGUUUCGUGGCUAAGACUUUGAGUUCAUUUUCAGUUGGGCUUUAAUCGGUUUUUCUCGUUUUAAAUGGUUCUCUUGCUUUUGUAUAAAAAUGAUGUAUCUAUUUUAAAAGAAAAAAUUUGUUUGGUGAAACUGAAUUUAUUGGACGGGGCAGUGCCCACAUUAUAUCUUCGGACGAUUCAGUAACAACUUUCUAAAUCGUGUUCAUUCGCUAGUUCCUCCUGAGUUCUCCAAAACACCCUCUUCUUCAAUCUCUGCACCGGGAAUUCGAGAAACUCUGCGGAUCAGCUGCUCUGCCAAAGGUUCACCUCUGCCUACAGUCACGUGGUACAAGAAUGACUUCAACGUCAUCAACGUUAUGAAUAACGUCACCAAUGACGAGUUUACAAGCGAGCUUGUGAUCAAUGCCUUCCAGCCUGAGGACCAGGGCACCUACAGCUGCAUCGCUCGUAACGUGUAUAACGAUACAGUAAACACAAAUUCAAGAGUGUGUAAGUCAAAAUUUUUUGACUUCAAUCCUCGAUAGCCCGAACAUCCUGCUAAUUAAUGGAUGAGGUUGGUGAUCACCAUGUAAGACUAUCUCCUUCAAUUUACUCCAGACCUUCCUGUUCUAGAAACUUGGGAAUUUCAAGCCCGCCUAUUUUAUUUUUGUUAUCUUAAUUAAUUUAAGUGCACUUUUCUUUUAGUUCUACCCAACUGUGGCAACCCGGUAAAUAUAGCCGAUGCAAUGAUCAUGAAAAGCAACAAUUGGGCAGGAGAAUUUGUCAGGUACCUCUGUCAUCCGGGAUACACCAUGAUUGGGCCCGCGGUGAGACGAUGUUUACCCAGCGGUAAAUGGAGCGGAGAAAAUACCUCGUGUAGGUUACAUUUUGUUAGUUUCAGAAGAGUAAAUGUCGUUGAAAUACGACGAUUUCUCCCGCUUCCACUAAACAUUUCCUUCACGCGAAGACAAAACUUUCGUUGCUACAUGCAAAUAUUUGAAAGUCGUCAGGGUAUUGGGUAUUCAAGUUAGUCCACACGAUGCUUGAUUGUUAAGGAAAGGCACUUUCUCUUUAUCAGCAUUCACUUUUUUUGGUAGAACAAAACAUUUCUUUAAAAGAGAUGCGUUGCUUUCGCGAGUAGAAUUUUCCACAGGAGAAUCUUAAGUGCAGCUGAUCAUCAAUUUCUGUUCAAUAAACAGAACGUAGCAAGGUCGUUUGGAAAUACGAAACUAAUAGCAUCUCUCACUCAUGAAAGAUACCAUAAACUCUCGACUGUGAAAUUCGUUACUUCGCAUCACCACUUGCAUAUAUUCUACGUAUAUUACGGAAAUCAGCCAACAGUUCAGUACACACGUUUUAGAACUUCUCCCCCCUCACCUCCCACAUCAUCCUUUUCCAUUGUUAACUGCCAUGAGGUUAGUUAAGCUGCCUGUAGCGUAGAAAACUUUUCAAUAUCUAUGUGUUUUCAAAUCCUCGCCAACCAGGAGUUUCAUGUUCUUAAUUGAAUUGCUUUCCCAAACAUUUUUUAGGUACCGAUAGACAGGAAUGUUUUCAUCACACCAUCAUUGAUGACGACACCAGGCGAGUGAGUUACGAUGGCGCCAGCCACAAGUGUGACGAUAAUCUCACUGAGAGCUGGUACAGAUUUCAAGAGGGAAGACAAAUGAACACCAACUGUGCAAAAUUUCAUUCCUGUGAUACGGAACGCGCAGGUUGGUUAGUCGGCGGCCAUCCGUCAGCUGAAGAUGGAAGAGUAACCAAGAAAGUAUGUUUCGGCCGAACUGCUCCUUCGUGUACUUGUGCCUACCAUACCUACAUACAGGUACGAAACUGUGGAUCGUUUUACGUGUAUAAGCUGAAACCCAUUACAGUCUGCAAAGAUACCUAUUCUGCGUCGCGAUAUUGUACCAACUAAGAACACAGAGUAGGAUUGACGAAUGGUACCUAACGAAAAAUUGUCUCGAAAACUUUGAAUCCACCUCAAAAUCUGGUCAGCUUUUAUGAUGCGCCUAAAAGUCUUGUAUUGCUUUUUAACUUCCCUGAAGUUUGUCGUUUCCAUUGUAAGAAUCAAUUUAGUAUUUCCCUUUAUAUUAUUCUAGUUUUUAAUCAUUAAAUUCAAUAACGUAGGUGCAUUGAUCAGGAAAAAUAAAUAAAGUAAUCGUUCACGUG